CACCUCUGCACCGCGCCGUAGUACAUUCGUGGUCCUUAGUGUGCGCGACUACACAUGCGCAGUCUGAUCUGGAUAUACGAUCAAGGGUGUUCUAUCAGGCUGCAAACACAAUGACACUGCGAGGUCCGCCCACUACGUAGAAGCAGACAUGGCUCGUGGGACAGUGUUGAUACACCGCUACAUCACGGGGGACUGACAGUGUAUAGUGUAUAGUGUAGCAUGGUGGACCUGAGCACAGUGGUAGUGACGUCCCUCAAGGCCGCAACAGGUCUUGUAGGCAUCAACAAGCUCUGGUUCAUCCCUACGUUCCUAGCGGCCCUCGCCUACUACAACUAUGACUUGUACGACCCGGAGAACAGACCCAUCAACAUCAAGACGGCAGAGAUUCGAGCCGAGUAUGACUUCAUCGUCAUCGGCGGAGGCUCUGCAGGCUCCGUCAUGGCUAACAGGUUGUCAGCGAUCCCGGAGUGGAACGUCCUACUCCUGGAGGCUGGUGGACAAGAGACAGAACUGACAGACGUCCCUGCCUUGUCCCUGUAUCUCCACAAGAGUCGCUUUGACUGGAAGUAUCGCACACAACCCCAGCCUACAGCUUGCCAAGCCAUGAAGGACCAUAGGUGCUGCUGGACCAGAGGAAAGGUGAUCGGAGGGUCGAGUGUCCUGAACACGAUGCUGUACGUCCGCGGCAACAGGAGGGACUACGACAACUGGGCAGCGAUGGGCAACGAGGGAUGGAGCUACGAGGAGGUGCUCCCGUACUUCAUCAAGAGCGAGGACCAGAGGAACCCCUACUUGGCUCGGAACACCAAGUAUCACGGGACCGGGGGAUACCUGACGGUCCAGGACGCACCAUGGAACACGCCUCUAGGCAUAGCGUUUCUACAAGCCGGCGAGGAGAUGGGCUACGAGAUCCGUGAUGUGAAUGGUGAGCAGCAGACAGGGUACGCGUUGUACCAGUUCACCAUGAGGCGCGGCUACCGCUGCAGCGCCGCCAAGGCCUUCAUCAACCCUAUCAGGCUGAGGAGGAACCUCCACGUGGCGCUAUGGACCCACGUCACUCGUAUCCUCAUAGACCCGGACACCAAACGUGCCUACGGGGUGGAGUUUGUCCGUGAGGGUGUCAAGAGGACGGUGUUGGCCCGGCGGGAGGUCAUCUUGUCUGCAGGAGCGAUCAACUCUCCACAACUGCUCAUGUUGUCAGGUAUCGGACCAGCAGAGCACCUGCAGUCAGUGGGCGUGCCUGUGAUCCACGACUCGCCAGGAGUGGGACGCAACCUGAUGGACCACAUCGCCGUGGGAGGGAUCAUCUUCCUGGUGGACUACCCGGUGUCUCUGGUGCUGCAGAGAGUGAUGAACAUCAACUCUGCACUGCGCUACGCCAUCACGGGGGACGGCCCUCUCACCAGCUCCGUGGGUCUGGAGACUGUGGCGUUCAUCACGACCAAGUACGGCAACGUGACCGACGACUGGCCAGACAUGGAGUUCAUGUUGACGUCCACCAGCACCAUCAGUGACGGAGGGACUGUGGCCAAGCGCGCCCACGGGCUCAGGCAGGAGUUCUUCGACGAGUACAUGGGAGACAUUGUCAACAAGGACGCGUUCGGAGUGUUCCCCAUGAUAUUACGGCCUAAGAGUCGCGGAUACAUCAAGCUGAGGAGUAACGACCCAAUGCAGUACCCUCUACUGUACCACAACUACCUGACAGACCCUGAUGACGUCAGAGUGUUGCGGGAGGGUGUCAAGGCCGGGUUGGCCAUCGGGGAGACUGCGGCGAUGAAGAGGUUCGGAGCGAGGUUCCACCGCAGGCCUGUCCCAGGGUGUAAGCAGCUCCCACUCUUCACUGACGAGUACUGGGAGUGCUUCAUCAGACAAUACACUAUGACUAUAUACCACAUGUCGGGUACGUGCAAGAUGGGGCCGUCUAGUGACCCGGCGGCCGUCGUCGACCCCAAGCUGAGGGUGUACGGGGUCCAGGGUCUCAGAGUGAUAGACGCGUCCAUCAUGCCACAGAUCACCAGCGGCAACAUCAACGCCCCUGUCAUCAUGAUCGCGGAGAAGGGGGCUGACAUGGUCGUCAACUACUGGAAGGGCUACGACACCUCCAGGAAGAGGAGGGCGACUGACACCCCCGAGGACUGAGCACGGUCAAGUCUACAAUUACUUGGUCAACCCCACACCCUUAAAUUGACACCAUCAUCAUAUUCACUAAACAAUAUUAUACUUUUCUCGAAAACAUUAUAAAUGUACACGUCAAUAACCUGGACAUACAUUUAUAUUGGGAUAUUGUAAUUCAAACUCACAACCUGUAUUGUUCCAUUCUAUUAGUCAUAAACAUUUCAAAUGUAAUCAAUGUAAUUUUAACAUAAACUUAGUUUACAAUAACUGCCAGCACAGCACAAAACAUAUGCAAAGUCAGAUGAGGUAGGAACAAAAUUUAAAAACAUAUUCUGUAGUAUGAGCAUGACAUGAACUCCUCCAACCCCUAGUCGGUCAAGUUUCAUACCGUAGAUGACCGUGGAAGUAUAUACAACGAAUAUGAAGAGUAAAUAACUAAAAGUGACGAUCAUUGCGCAAAAGUGACAAAAACUCUUAAACUGACAACUUGCUCAAUGUGACACCCGACAGUGGCAUGUUACCAUUAGAGUUAAGGGCGAUUUGCGAACAACGCUUACAGAUUAUACAAAGUGUUUCGCGAGUAGUGUUAUUUAAAAUAUUUUUUGUAAACCAUAGAUAGAGCUCCGUUGUGUAUAUGUUCUGCGUAGAUGGGAACCGUUAGUGGUUUUAGUCAGAUGACCAAAGAUGGGCUCAAGAUUUACAAAGUUAACUUAGAACAUUAAUGUAAAAGAAUAGAACUGUAACAACGGUUGUAAAAAUGUUAUAAAUUAUGUAACGUUUUAAAACACUCAUUAAACAUGAGCAUGACGUAGUGUUGGUACGAACAGCAGCUUUUUAUAACGUAAGAAGUGUAAUGUUAUGUUUCUUAAGGAAAAUAAACGAGUGUUUUUUUUAAAUUUCAAGGUUUUAAUAAUAAGAUAACUGGAAGUUAUAAAAUGA